CCUGGUUUCAGACGUACAGAGCCGGUACAGGUCAACAACGCGUCACCAGCUGAAAGUGAAAGUGAAAGUAAAGCACCGAUAGCUUUUAGCUUACCGUGGACUGUGAGGGGGAAACUCACGGAUCAGAUUCAACCUCCUGCAACCGACCGCCCACCAGAGGAAGAUGAACGAAGUGGCAGCAUGUGGAUGUUUCAUUCUUCUGUUCGACGCGGUGCUGUGUUCGGCACAGUGGGCCCUACUGGUGCUGCUGGGCUGCUCCGGUUGUGGCGGACUGGAAGGCGUGUGGGCCUUUGGGGCAGCGAAGUGGGCCAUUCUCCAUCUGUUCACCUCCAAGCUGACUGAUGGAAAGCCCCCGGCUGUGCUCUGCAGGUUGGUAGCGCUCCUCGGCCUCCUCUGUCCUGCGUUUGAAAGUGGACGCUUCCUUACGGCGCCUCCCUCAGAGCCUUACAUGGGACCCAAUCCCGACCUCAACAUACUGCUCCUGGGCCCGAUGUCCUCGUCACUGGCCUGUGUGGUUUGGGAAAAGGGCCUCAGUGGUCAAAGAAAGACGAGGAAGGUCGACGCUAAGCUGGAUGCGAAGCGGUUGCUCUUGAGGAUGCUGAAAUACUUCAAACCAGACACCUUUUACCUUAUUGCAGCUUUCAGCUUCCUCAUCUUAGGCGUCGUCUGUGAUACGUUUAUCCCACUGUACCAGGGGAAGGUUAUUGAUAUGCUAAGAGGUCAAGUACUUCAAUCCGGCUUCUUUUAUGCGAUCGGACAGCUAACACUUGUCUCUCUUGGAAGUGCUCUGUUCUCUGGCUUACGAGGAGGUAUAUUUAUGUGCACCCUGGCCAGACUGAACAAGAGACUGAAGCAUCUGCUGUUUCACACCCUCCUGCAGCAGGAAGUGCACUUCUUUGAACAGAACAGCUCUGGAAGUCUUUCCUCGCGCCUGCACUCUGACGUGGACAGGAUGGGCCGCACGGUGGCGCUGAACGCCAACGCGAUGGUUCGCAGCACGGUCAAAACCGGCCUCAUGCUCGUGGUGAUGUUAAAACUGUCCUGGGAGCUCACACUGCUCACCUGCAUAGAGAUGCCGCUCUUGGCCAUCUUGCAGAACAAAUACAUCACUGUGUCCAAGGAGCUGAAAGAUCAGAUCCAGGACUGUCAGGCUAAGAACAAAGACCUGGCCUCCCAGACGAUCAGCGGGAUUCGUACGGUCCGCAGCUUCAAGGCAGAGACGGAUGAACUGAGGAGGUAUAACGAGGCUCUGGAGCAGAUGUGCGCUAUUAAGAGACGUUCAGGAAUCUACAGUGCAGUCUUUGGCUUAACAAAGAGGCUGGUGAGUCUGGGGAUAAAGGUAUUAAUGCUGGUGCAGGCCCGCAGUCUCAUCUCAUCAGAUCAACUCAGCAUCGGCAGUCUCGUGACCUUUAUAUUGUACCAGAAGCCCAUGUCCAACAAUUUAAGGGAGAUUUUGUAUUGCGUUGGAGAGACGAUGUCCACAGUCGGAGUCAUCGCCAAAGUGUUCGGUUAUCUCGACCGAACACCACAGUGUAAGAAGGACGGAGAGUUGGCUCCGGAGAAGCUGCGGGGAAGAAUAGUUUUCCAAAAUGUCAGCUUCACAUAUCCCUCAUCUCCUCCAGAGAAACCGGCACUGAAGUCGGUUUCUUUGGAGCUUCAGCCAGGGAAGAUGACAGCACUGGUGGGUCCGUCCGGGGGUGGAAAGACUUCCUGUGUCAGCCUCCUGAAGAGACUCUACGAACCCCAAGAGGGACAGAUCCUGCUGGACGGAGAGCCGCUGCACCAUUACCAACACAAAUACUUCCAUCAAAAGGUGCUGCAGGAGGUUCUGUCUUGUGGUCGGACGGUCCUGGUGGUGGCUCACCAGCUGAAGACUGUGGAGAAGGCGGAUCACAUUAUCUUCCUGGAGAAGGCAGAAGUCAUGGAGGAAGGGACGCACCAAGAACUCAUGGACAAGAAAGGACGCUACUAUCGUUUGAAAGAGGAGCUGUUCUCUUAACUCAGCUGAGAAACGCUCAGUGAAUGUAGUUGUGGACACAAAGCAUCCAGUGAAGGAGGAGGAAUGGUGAAGAAUGGUCUGUGCUGGCAGUAUUAUUAAAGAACUUCCCUUUGCUUUAGGGGUCUAACCUAAGAUAACCAUCCCUCUUGUAGAGUGAAGACACCUGAAACUCCUGAUAGUUCACAUGCCAUAAAGGAGGGAAAACAUGUACAGCAGCCUUGUAAACCAUUUCUCUUUGUGCUCUCAGCAAAGGUUUUCUUUGGUCUCUCCACCAGGAGCAGAUUCUGGUUUCUCCCAGCCUGCAAGAGUGGAGGUUUAGACUUAUAUAACUUUUGUAAGUAAAAAGCCAUUAUGUGCUUCUUACUGAUGUUCUGUUUUAGAAAUCAAACCUUUUUAAAUGUUUGAAAUUGUGUUUGUUUUUCCUGCAAGAUUCAGGAAGCUAAAACUUAACAAAUCUUAGUUAAAACGUAACUAAACGUG